UAUUACAAUUGUAAUUAUGUGACUCUGUUACAUAUUUGUAUUUUUGAUAUUUUUUGAAUAUUUUUAAUUCUGUGCCAAGCAUGCGCAAUAUUAAAUUGUCAAUAGAGAGUACAGUUAUUCUAGUCAUGUAGUUCAGAUCAUGCGUGACCUGAUUACUCAUUGUUUUUCAUGGUGUGGGCUUUCGAGAAAGGCCCCCAAAAUAAACAGAUUGCACGUGGUUUUUACUUGGAAACGUCAUGUCUUAAAUUAACAUCUAGCCUGUGCACUAGGAAAAUACACUAUUUUACCAGAAAACCUGUCUGAUACUUAGAACAAGUUAAAUAAUUGAGACCAACCAAAUAACAAACAUGAAUCAAUAAAUAAAAUAAACUAACUUUUAUUUUUGUAAGCUUCUUGUGGAAAUUAUUUAGUCACACACUUUUAAGACAGUAAUAGGCCAGACAUGUAGCUCAUGUUCUCAAACUCUGUUGUUAUUUAAACAAAAAGUAUAUAACAAAAAAGUAUUUAAACAAAGAAGCUAUAUUAUUUGUGUUUUAAUGUACUUUUUUAAAAAAUACAAUAUGCGUGUUCUUUGUCAAGUGUAAACCUAAUAUCUUGUGUAAAUGUCUCACCACAUCGACCACAUCGCUGUCUCUGCUUCUCGAGACAAACUGUACGUCGUAGCGACCCCAACUUGAUCCAAAAUCCCACCUGAUACUCAGGCGCAUUAACACACAUGUGUUGAACACUAGGUGGCGCUAUAAUGAACGUCUUUGCUUUUUGGUUUGCAUGCACGGGCGGACGUUAUUUGUAACGUCAUAAAUUCCAUAUUUCACGACGUCAUAAACACACAUCUGUCACGUUUUUUAGUUUUAAUCUUUACGACGUGAUGUGACUCAUGUGAGAGCAGGUGAAAUUUCGUCUAGAUUAGAAAAUGCCAGUGAAAUCUAAAAUUCCCCUAAGCUAAUUGGUUACGAAUAGGUUUGUAGAAAGUAGUUUAUCGAGUACCACUUUUUUUUAAAUCUAAGAAUAGUUCUGCAAUGUUUAAAAACAUAUGCACGUUUGCCCCUGCUGAAAAAAACAAUAACCUACAGAAAAUUCUAAUGGUUGCCAUUAAAAUACCAAUAGGAACCAUUAGCAUUUACUUUUAAAACCACUUCACUGUGUUUUGGGCCAUAUUCCAUUAGAACCAAUAAAAUUCCCAAUAAAACCAAUAGAAUUUCUGUGAUGGUGUCUAUUGUUUUUUUUUAGCAGGGCCAUGAAAGUCCUUUAGCUAAGAAAUCCCUUAUAAGGUUAAGGGUAGUAGGGUACCUUUAAUAAAAAAUGGUUUGCAAGAAAAAAAACAAGUUUUCAUUUAGGGAAUCAUAAGGCUGUCAAUAAUCCCCCCCCCCCCAAAUGCUAAAGUAUUACUUUAAAUUCUGCUAUGUGUCGGUACAAAGUCCUACCCAUUUUACCCUUAACGUCGCACGCGAUGAAUGAUUUUAUGGUUAUUUAAGAAAAGGAAGUACCAACUCACAUAAAUGAUCGAAAUAAUCCCUAGAGAAAAGUGAUGCGCAUUUAUUAUGACGUUAUUUGUAACGUCAUACAUUCCAUAUUCCAGGAGGUUGAACACAUCUGCGUCACGUGAUCUCAGAAAGCAAAUGAAAUUAGUUAACAACAAUUUAUUUAUCUGAUAAUUCAUCUUGAGGCUCUUUCCAUGUUUCCAUCUCCAUGAUUUUAUGCGCAUUUUGAAGUAUCGGGUCAAAACGAGUGAUGGAAACGAUUAAAAAUCCCUUCAUUUGCUAAAAGUUUUUACACUCGCUUAAGGCGGUUUUUGUUUUAUGCGAAAAAGAGUAAAUGCGAAUAAUGGGAGAUGUAAAUGCAUUUGCCGAAGUAAUUCUGACGUAGCACGGGACUGACCCGUCUAGCUGUUUCCGCGGUCGUUAAUUGUCGGGGCUCGACGUCGUCGCAAUGUCCUUGUUCGUACUUCGUAGUGCCUUCAUCAAAAAAUCAGAAUUGAUUUGUCUGUGCUGUGCCCAGCAUUCAGUUUGGCAAUUACAAGCUGCACUGCUAAUAAUUAAUAGCUUGCCCCGUCGUGACUAUGCAGUCCUGUCUCCGUUUUCCAAGCGUGCCUUUUGUUUACUGUUGGUUACUAGGUUACCACCGGCGUCAUUCGCUCGAACAACUUAAUGAAACUUGAUUGUGUUUUGUUUAUUGUGUAUGUAUGUAUGUGUGUAUGUGUUUGUUUGUUUAUUUGUGUGCAGGUUUGCUGUCUUUGACGAGAUAUGAUCAGUCCACAGACUGGCAAAGAAAGUUGACUCCAGAACAGUAUGUUGUAACCAGAGAAAAAGGCACAGAGGUGCCAUUCAGUGGCAUCUACCUGAACCACAAUGAGGUGGGCAUGUACCAUUGUGUAUGUUGUGACUCCCCACUUUUUAGCUCAGAAGCGAAAUAUGAUGCAGGAGCUGGGUGGCCAUCAUUCUAUGAGGCUCAUGGUACAUGGGAAAAGGAUGAAAGUCAUGCCAACAUUGUCCGUCGUCCUGACAACUCACUUGGUAGCACAGGGACAGAGGUUAUCUGUAAACAUUGUGCUGCUCAUCUUGGACAUGUCUUUGAUGAUGGUCCAGAUCCAACUGGUCAGCGAUUCUGCAUAAACAGCGUUGCUCUAAACUUCAAGCCAAGAUAAAUGUAAACCAGACGUUACGUCACUGGACAGUAUUGUAGUUAUUCAGUGCAAAUAAAGUCAACCUAUGGCAUUUGAAUAACAAGUGAUCUAUUGUGGUGUAUGCUUUGAGUUACACUAAAAUUUUAAUCUUGAAAAAAUGCAUAUACGAAAGUUGCUGUGAUUAUUUUAACACUUCAGAUCGACCACCCUAAAAAGAAUUAAUUCCUCUUCUGUGCAUGUGUGCACUGCGUUAUUCCUUAUCUAACUUGUAUUUGUUUUUGUACAU